AUAGAGGCAGAAGCAUUAUGCCAGAACAGAGACCUUAACAUAAUCCCCACGGGUCUCCCUUUCGACAUAUGGAAACUGGAUUUAUCUGUUAAUCGCAUUAAGAGGUUGACAGUGGAGAAUCUGACUCUGUACAACUCCAUUCAGUACCUGGAUUUACAAUCCAAUCACCUGGAGUUUAUCCAACCAGGGACCUUUGCCAGUCUGUCUCACCUGGAGGUGCUUAACCUUGCAAACAACCUCUUGGAUCUCAGCAAAUAUGGGCUUGGCAGGCUACCAUAUGUGAAAAGGUUGGAGCUGUCUGGUAACAGUUUGUACACUGACGUUGUUGAGGAUUUUCUGAAAGAGGCACCCUUGCUCGAAGAGCUGUCCUUGGCUAGGAACAGCAUCACCAAGCUCUCAGACCACACCUUCCGAGGGUCCCCGUCUUUGACCCAUGUUAACCUACAGCACAACGUCAUCAUUGAGAUUGAGUCGGGGGCGUUUCAAUCGCUGUCCAAUCUGUCUGUGCUCGAUUUGGCCAUGAACUCCAUACCCUGCAUCUCUGACUUCGACCUCAAGCAACUUCAGGUCUUGAACUUGAGUAAGAACAGCAUUGAACACUUCCUCAUGGCUGAAUCGGAGGAGGAGUACUCCCUGCAGUGGUUGGAUCUCAGUGAUAAUAAUUUGCUCUAUUUUCCGGCUUUUCCCAGGAGAAACCGCCUCCAGCACCUUGACCUGUCACGGAAUUCAGUUCAAGGGCUUUCCUUACCACCCUCCCAUCUGGAAGGAAGUCGGAAUCUGCAAAUGAACAUGACCAAGUCUUCUCUGUCCCUCCACUUGACUGAAUUGGUCUAUUUGGAUCUGAGCUACAAUGAGAUAACCUCCAUCCCAUGGGAAUUCUUCCGAAACAUGAACUCAUUGAGGUUCCUCAACCUCAGCAGGAACUGCCUGCACAGUUUCGUCAUCGGUGAAGCCAACGUGCUGAACUCGCUGGCCAACCUCGACUUGAGUUCCAACGCGUUGCUGAACCUGUCGCUGGCCAGGGGUAGCCUCAACCUCCUGGACCAUUUGCACCUUCAAGACAACCACCUACAGAAUCUACCUUCCAAUAUCUUUAGGGGCCUGAACAGGAUUCGGAUCAUUAGCCUUUGUAACAACAAUGUCAACAUUUGUUGGGGCACCCAUUGGACCACGGACCACGAGCAUGGGUGCACGAUUUUCUCCCAAAUCAAUACACUUAGGUAUUUAUAUCUGCAUAACAACAACAUUAAGUACUUGCCUCCUCAUGCCUUUCAUCAAACUCCACUUGUGGAGCUGGACCUUUCUAUGAAUCCUGGAAUGCAGGUUCAUCCUGAGGCUCUAUCCGAUCUGGAGGCUUCAUUGACCAACCUGUCUUUGAAAGGCAACAAGCUUCUUUCACUGGGUGUGAACCUUUCACGUCUUUCCAAUCUCCGGACACUGGACGUGUCGGAGAACCAGUUGACUGAGCUUACCAUCUCCAGCAGGAGCUUGUCGCUAGAAACUGUGGAUCUGCGCAACAAUCAGUUCAGCACCUUGCAGCAGACCUCCAUGGAGCUGCUGAAUGGGACCCUCUGCAACCUGCUGCUCUCUGGCAACCCAUUUGACUGUUGCCGGUCCACCGGAGUCCGGUGGCUGACGUGGGUCAAUGUGCCAGACAGGUGGUCCGUGCUGUGCCAUUACCAGACCAAAGACGGAUACUUUCAAGCACAAUUGUUUAGCCCACGGCCCAGUCUCUGCCAAGAGGACACACAAGACUGGGCGACGUGGAGCCUUUUAUUGCUGAUAUUAAUGAUUGUAGUAUUUCUCACCAUUGUCGUAGCUCUGGGAUGCUGCCUGGCACGAAGGCAGAAGGUCAAAAGGAUGUUCCUCCACCAUGUAAAAGCCUAGGCAAUAAGCUUUGUCUUUUCUUUGUCAGUGUUUAAAUGAAGUGAAGCGAGGAGAAUAAAUGUUUUAUGUAAUCUAUAUAUCUGAUGGUCAUCACAACCCAAGGUUUUUGUAAAGAAGGCCAAACAUUUUGCAUUGGCUUCUCUCAUCAUUAAUAAAUUGGCCUUCUCCUCAAAAUAAAGGGGCUCACGGUACCCAGCAAUUCACAGAAGCCUCCCUCAGCAAAUCGACUUCAGACUAGAUUGCUGCUCCUACAUCACAGUGAUUAUAAGAACUGUGGCCUUAAAAGGUAGCGGCCAGGCUAAACCAUGGAUCUAUGUUACUACUUUAAGUUCAAUAGUCUACACCAACUGCUCACGAUGAAUGGGCGCAGUUGACCAGGUAGCAUAUUAUGGUGGAAGCAAAUUCAAUAGUAAUUUCAGUACGGUCGUAACAAACAAAGGAAAAAUGUUUACAGAGCUCCAGGGAAAGGGUAGGACUGUAUCACUUCAUCAAACUUUCAAGUGGCUAUCACAGGCCCAAUGGCCCAAAUGGCCUCCUUUGGUAGUUUCUCAUUUUGCAUAAAACUGGUUCACCCAUCCUCAUUGUUUUUUAAAAUCUGUUAGAGAGAACUGUUUUAGAGUUGGUGGUGGGAUUGUAGACUGGGUGAUUUAAUACCAUGACAUAAAGACUAGGGGGUCCAAAAUUCAGUCUGUGACAAAUUCACAGUCUAAAUGUUCAAUUCAAUUGCCGUCAAGGCUUUGUGGGGGUGGAAAAAAAGAAAUCUUUUGCCUUGGAUCAUUCUUCAACAAGCAAGAGAGAAUGGGAUUUGUGGAUUGGGUUAGGUGAAUAGGGGUUGUGAAAGGUUUGGAUGUUGUGUAAUAUACUAAUUGGGCCGAAUGAUCUUUUUCUCUGCUGUGUAUUCUCUCCCAUUCUGACUCUUUUUGGAAGUGUCACUGUUGAUAACAAUCGGCUGUGAUACCACCCCAUUAUCAAAUUGCCAACCCAUUCCUGACACCUAGGCUCCUUUGGUAGUGCCCCGAUUCACAGAUGCCAAGUUUCAGCCAAUUUGAUUCACUCCAUGUGAUAGCAUGAAACAGCUGAAGCCACUGCAAAGUAAAUGGGAACGAAGAGCAUUCCAGCAACAGUAUUGAAGACUUGUUCUCCUGAACAUGCCGCACCCCUAGCCAAGCUGGCACCUAUCCAACAAUGUGGAAAAUUGUCACCUGUCCACAAAAAGCAGGAUAAAUCCAACCUGGCCAAUUACCAAAACAUCGCAAUUACCAAUUAUUCUCAAUCAUUAGUAAAAUGAUGGAAGGUGUCAUUUACAGUGCUGUAAGGUGACAGGAGUUCCUAAUGAUAGUGUCCUUGGCCAAGCAUCUUCAGCUGUUGCAUCAAUGACCUUCUCUCCAUCAUAAGGUCAGAAAUAGGAUAUUUGCUGAUGGCUUAAUGUUCAGCACCAUUUGCAACAGCUUAGAUAUUGAAGCAGCACAUGUUCAAUUGCAGCAAGACUUGGACAAUACCCAGGCUUGGGCUGACAGGUGGCAAUCACACCAUACACAUGCAGGCAGUGACUGUCUGUAAUAAGAGACAAUCUAACCAUUGUACCUUGACAUUAGUGGCAUUACCAUCACUGAAUGUCCCACUAUCAACAUAUUGGGGAUUGCUAUGAACCAGAAA